GAAGAAGGUCGUUCGGCUUCUCAGCCGCAAGUAACUCCGUGUUUUAAGCCGAUCUGCUUUAUUUCCACCUGCCAGAAUCAGCAGGGACGUGUUUAAUGAUCGUAAACACGACAGGCGGCGAGGCAGACUUCUCCUACCCGUGGAGUUCGCGGUCGUUCCAUUUGUCCCAGUAACUGUGGCGAAAAAUCCAUGGAAGGCUAGCGUUCCUUGCCAUUUCUCAGGGUUUCAGCGGCCUUUCCUCCAUUAUCUUGGACCCAGGGGAAGUCUGAUACUGCAAAGGUAUGCCAGUACCACCACCACCGCCACCACCUCCGCCUCCUCCUCAGCCCGGGGCACCUCCGCUGCCGUCUUCAUUUGCUGUUCACGAGGAGCUUCCCAAACACCACAAGGAUGAAGCACAAGGGAAAUCUGCACUGUUAGAAGAUAUCCGCAAAGGAAAACGGUUGAAAAAGGUGACACAGGUCAAUGACAGAAGUGCCCCAAUCGUUGAUAAACCAAAGGGUAGAAAUGGUACAGAAACAGGGGAUGGAGCAGCGCUGCCAACUGCUAUGGGUGGCUUGUUUCAAGGAGGAUUUCCUGUUCUCAGACCUACUGGACAGAGAGAUACUUCAGAAAGAGUUUCCAAACCAGCUCUUCCACGUGUUGGAAUGAAAACACAAGCACCAAGAUAUCUGGUCCAGAAUAACAGUGGCAGAAAUGAUAGAAGUACAUCUAACCAAUCUAAUUGUCCAGAACCAACUGAGGUAUCUAAAGUUCAGAGGGCACUUCAAGGGCGACUCAAUGUGUCCGCCCUUGCGCCCCCUCCCCUUCCUCUCACGCCUCCAAGUCCGGGUAAAUCUCCAUUGCUGUGUCCUUCUCCAAUACCUGCUCAAUCUUUCAACAAGCCGACAAAACCAACAUCGCAAGGCCCUCCUCCUCCACCACCUCCACCUCAAAGUGUUAAACCAUCUAAAUUUCAAUACAUACAGCCACCACCAUCACCUCCACUGCCACCACCUCCACCUUCCCAUAAUUUCCAAGAUCAAACUUCAGAUUUCUUGUUUCCUGCCCCACCUCCCCCUUUAUUUUGCACAGAUGACUGUACAGAAUUUCCUCCCCCUCCACCUCCAUUACCUCCAUCUCCCUCCAGUAUUCCUCAUGGGAAAGCUGAAAGCCCUCUGCCGCCGCCACCACCACCACCUUUAUUGAGCAAUCCAGAAGUUCCUCCACCUCUGCCUCCAAAAUUACCAAACUUCUCCAACAGACCAAGUACAAAUCCUAUGUCUCCUCUUCCUCCUCAACUUCCAUCCAUCCUUCCCUAUGGUCAUCCAGCCUCAUCUUCUGGCCAAACGUCAUACACAACCCAACUACCUGCAAGGGAAGCCCCAUCUAGAUCUGGAGUGCAUAAUGGUGGUGGAAAACUGGCAUCACCUCCUCUUCCACCAUUCAGGUCAUCCAGUACAGAGGUUACAAGCAGAAACCAGCAUUCACCCAGCUCGAUUCGGACACCAACGCAGACACCCUCUAUGCUGCCACCACCCCCUCCGCCCCCACCACCGUUACCACUGAAAAAUCGGCAAGGACUCGCCAGCGCGCAGCCACCAGUGUACGUUGAUGACUUCGAGUCCAAGUAUAAUUUUCAUUCAGUUGAAGACCUUCCACCUCCAGAUGAAUACAAAUCAUUUCCCAGAACAUAUCCCAGUAAGCAACCCAGAGCUAGCCAAAAAGGUCAUCGGACUACAACUCUAUCAAGAUGAGUUGUUCAUUGUAUAAUAUGAUUCUGGGUCCACCUCUACAAUCAGGUUGAAGAUGGCCUGUGACAGCAACGGAGGAAGAGUUUUAAUUUUCAUCCUUAUUUAGAAUAAAGCUUUCUCAGAUGCUCAAAUAUUUCCUUCUUAACAAAGUGGCAAAGUUGUUAUAUUGUUGAUUAACUUUCACUUUUUUUCCUGACAGUAGCUUACCUAGGCAUGAUAUUUUGAAAUUACCUACUACGUAAAUGUGUAAUUUCAAUUCUUUCACAGUUGAGUGCUGUUUGGAAAGGAUAGCUUUGCAGAUUUAUCAAAUGUGUUCACUUGCCUUUAAGUUAAACAGCAGGCUGGGAAGUCUGAAUACUUGCCAUUGAAAAGAAAGUGUGGAAAAUUUAAGGUGUCUCUAUAGAUAAAGCAUUUUGCUUGCAUUACACAUUAUUUCACUGUUAGUAAUUAUCAUGCAAGCAUUUAAAUGUCGUUUGGUUUCAGCCCAAACAAGGUUAAACAAUCCCUUCAAUUUAAAUGAGCUCUGACUCACAAUUAUAAUAUGCCUGUAUCUUCUCUGAUGCCUUUAUUUAUUUAUCUUGCAUAUUAAUCUAUAUUGCAUUUAUAAGGGAUAUUUGAGAUUAUCUGUGUAUACUAGCAUCACUAUUAUACCAUGAUUGUACCAGAAUUAAAUACAACUGUAGAACUUCUUGCAUCAGAUUGUGAUCUGGUAAA